AUGGAUAACAGCAGCAUGGAGCUGCAUGGAGAUGCUAACACAUCUCUUCAGACUGAACUUUACUCCUGUACUACCCUAAGGAACCAGACCUUUCGCAUUUUCCUGUAUGCUUUCCUCUCUGUGGGAAUUGUCUGCACGGUUGUGGGCAACUUCCUGGUGGUCUUGUCCAUUGCUUACUUCAAGAAGUUGCAGUCACCCACAAACACUUUCGUCAUGUCCCUGGCAGUAGCUGACUGUCUGGUCGGCCUGGUCGUGAUGCCGUAUAGUAUGAUUCGGACCGUGGAGGGAUGCUGGUACUUUGGCUCACUUUUUUGUCAGCUUCAUUCUAGCCUAGAUGUGAUGCUUUGUACUGCCUCCAUAUUCCACCUCAGCUGCAUUGCAUUUGACCGCUACUACGCAGUCUGCAACCCACUCGUUUACUCUUUAAAGAUGUCCCGUGGUCACGUAGCCCUCCUUAUUGUCAUAUGUUGGGCUGUUCCCAUGCUAAUUUCCUUUGGACCCAUAAUGCUAGGACUCCAUGUUGCAGGUGUGGACGUCCUCCUCCCUAAAGACGUGUGUGUGUUCGUAGUUAAUCGCAUUUACGCCGUCAUGGCCUCAUUGGUAGCCUUUUACCUGCCAAUGGGUAUCAUGCUACUAGCCUACUGGAAAAUCUUCAAAGCAGCUAAACGUCAGGCGAGGCAGAUCAGUGCUAUGGAAAGCCAGAUGGCUGCUGGGGUGGGAAAAGACUCAAGCAAGAAACAACGGCAUCGAAAUACUAUAAAACGAGAAGGAAAAGCAGCAAAGACUUUGGGCAUCAUCAUGGGAGUGUUUCUCAUUUUUUGGAUGCCGUUUUUCACUGUCAACAUUGUGGACCCAUUCAUUGAAUACAGCACAGAGGUCGUUGUCUGGGAUAUAUUUUUGUGGCUCGGAUAUAUCAACUCAUCUCUAAAUCCCUUCCUAUACGGUUUCUUCAACCGCUCCUUCCGCAGAGCAUUCCUCAUGUUCAUGGGCUGCAGAGUAUGUCUGCCCGAAGCUUCCCCUGGGAUGGAGCUUUCGCAGACUAGGAAAGAGGCAAAUGACCGCAGAGAUCAACCGUAA